AUGGAUAAAUUUCGAAUGAUCUUCCAGCACUUCCAGUCCAGCUCAGAGUCAGUGAUGAAUGGCAUCUGCCUGUUGCUGGCCAUUGUCACGGUCAAGCUGUACUCUUCCUUUGACUUCAACUGUCCCUGCCUGGCACGCUACAAUGCCCUCUAUGGCCUGGGCCUGCUGCUCAUGCCUCCACUUGCCCUUUUUCUCUGUGGCCUCCUUGCCAACCGGCAGUCUGUGGUGAUGGUGGAGGAAUGGCGCCGACCGGUGGGGCACCGGAGGAAGGACCCAGGCAUCAUCAGGUAUAUGUGCUCCUCCGUGCUGCAAAGAGCGCUGGCUGCCCCUCUUGUCUGGAUUCUGCUGGCCCUCCUUGAUGGGAAGUGUUUCGUGUGUGCCUUCAGCAGCUCCGUGGACCCUGAGAAGUUUCUGGAUCUUGCCAACAUGACCCCCAGCCAGGUGCAGCUCUUCCUGGCUAAGGUGCCCUGCAAGGAGGAUGAGCUAGUCAGGGACAGCCCUGCCCGAAAGGCAGUAUCUCGCUACCUUCGGUGCCUGUCGCAGGCCAUCGGCUGGAGUAUCACCCUGCUGCUCAUCAUUGCGGCCUUCUUGGCUCGAUGCCUGAGGCCCUGCUUCGAUCAGACAGUCCUUCUGAAACGCAGGUACUGGAGCAACUACGUGGACCUGGAGCAGAAGCUCUUCGAUGAGACUUGCUGUGAGCAUGCGCGGGACUUUGCGCACAGGUGCGUGCUGCACUUCUUUGCCAGCAUGCAGAGUGAGAUGCGGGCAUGGGGGCUGCGGCAGGAGACGGGAGGCAGGCACCUUGAGCCCCCAGAAGUACCUGAGCCUGGGGAGGGACUGGAUGGCCAUAGCGUGAAGGCCCACCUACGUGCCAUCUCCAGCAGAGAGCAAGUGGACCACCUCCUGAGCAGCUGGUACUCCAGCAAACCACCACUCAACCUAGCAUCAUCCCCUGGGUUCUGGGGUGGCCUUAGCCACCGUGCCCCCAUGGUGGCACCAGGCACCAGGCUGUCCCAGCACACUGAUGUGUAG